GUCUAGGAAUAUAGGUACUUGACAGAAACUCGAAGGAUACGCUACCGUGUGCGCAGUUGUUUACAAAUCCGGAGGAAUCGAGGCCAUUUAAAAUCUACGCGGAAGAGGAUACUGUGAAGGCAGCUCGCGCGCACGCCGAUUCGAAGCGCGACGAACACGACCACGAGAAAGGGAUCCCGGCUGCAAUUUCAACCGUGCGAAGCUUCGCGUCUGUUUGCCGUUUCUAACCUAAAAACCGGGAAUGGCCGAGUCGGAACAAGAUGUGGGGGACCGUAGCGACAACGACAAUCUAAAGACGGACAAACUGUUUAUCCUGAAAAAAUGGAACGCUGUGGCCAUGUGGAGCUGGGACGUGGAAUGCGACACCUGCGCGAUUUGUCGCGUUCAAGUGAUGGACGCGUGCCUGCGAUGCCAAGCGGAGAGUAAGAAGGACUUCUACGGCCGGCAACAGGACUGCGUGGUCGUUUGGGGAGAGUGCAAUCAUUCUUUCCAUUACUGCUGCAUGUCUCUCUGGGUGAAGCAGAGUAACCGUUGUCCCCUGUGCCAGCAGGAGUGGUCCAUUCAACGAAUGGGAAAAUAGUUGCACCGCGCCGACAGAAUGCUGACGAAAUCCUUUCCUUUUCUUGCAUCCUCGGCUCCACCCUCGUCCACCUUCGCCUACGUUCCUACGCUUCCCUCUUUCUCAUCCCCUUCCUGAAACUCUCUUACGCCUGUCGGUUCCCUCGUUUCCCCGCGUGGAAUUCCAAGAAUCGUCGGCCACGCUGAUGCGUCCGAAACGCCGACACCGUAUCCGGCGUCCGAACCGUGGUCCGUUCAACCUCGAUUUCGAACGAAACGCAAACGCCUCGGCUUUCAAGAUCAUUGCCAGCAAAAGAGAGCCUGUUUCCUCGGACCAUUCUCCUCUCUUCCAGCCGAUCCGUCCGGUCCAACGAUCGAUCGAUCGUCCGAAGGCGGGGUUCCGCUCGCGGAGCGGCGAGAUCGAAUCUGAAACAAUGACGACGCCGUUGCGAAUUAUGCUCGUGUUGUAAUCCCAAAGCGCAAAGUGCAUUCCUUCCGUCUGGCUACGAGCGAUCGGGGGAUCACGAGAUCCCCGAUAGAUAUCGGAAGGUUUUUUUGCACGGAAACGAUUACUCAACGGUCGCUCGCUCGCCGCGCGCAUCGCGAGCGCGCUCGCUUUUUUACUUCUAAUCUGUCGCUCGUCGAUCGAACUUAAACUAAGCCUAUUCCGACGGCGUUUUUUCGAGCGUUUCAGCGAACACUCGGCGCAAUUCGGUCGUGUUGAGAUGCGGUUGAACAUCGACGAGGCACGCGACGGGCACGUAAUCGCGAGCCGAAUGCUCGAAGGUCGCUCCUUUCCUCUUCUCUCUGUCCCCCCGGCCGUUCCGCGUAUCUCGCCUCUUUUUCCCACCGUCGUCGAUCCUACCACUCCCGUCUCUCGUUCACAGCUCGUUUCUUCCUUUUUCCAUCGCUGUAUCCCCGCUUUCUGGGCGCCCGGCUGGCGUUACGUGUCGUCAUCAGCGGCGGAGGCUCGACCGGAGGCUCGACCAAUCGUAUCGUAGAAGGGUAUAACUGCCUCCGUGUAUUUAUGACCUCGCAGUUGCCGGCGCACCUCCUCGCCCCUCGCCGCCCCCUUUCUCUAUCCGUCUCUGUUCCUCUAUCCACUUACCCUCCACCUUUCCGGACCCACAUCUAAUGUCUCCCCCCGCGCUCCCCUGCUCCUCCGACAUUCCACACCCGUGUCCCCUUGCCCACAGAUUCUCCACCGGUACUCCUUCUCCUUCCUUCUUCCUUCUCACCGAAUUUUGUCCGUGUAAAUUUCUAUUCUGUCAACCGAGGAAAAACAGUUGAUUUCCUCGCAAUGACUCAUUCGCUUUCUUAUUGUUUAUUAACCCGUUGCACCCGGGAGCCGACCGCUAGUUGCCGGACGAUUUGGUACAGCGAAAUUAGAAACUUCGGUAUUUACCGUCAACCUUUGCGUACCGCACCGAUAUCGCGUACCAGUGGAAUUUGAAGGAAAAUAGCUUUGUUGCCUAACUUAUGUAUGGUUUCUUGUUACACUCGUUUCGAAGGAUCUCGUCGACGUCUAAUUAGAAAGUAUGGAAUGCUUCGAGUGAAAAACUUUCGAGUGCAGGGGGUUAAUUAACACGUUGAAUGCCAUGACCGGUGACCCCCGGCCGAAUCGAAUCACUGUAGUCCAAUUAAACGGCGAUUAUCUGAAAACAUUUGUACAUUACAAUGCUACCCAAUGCGUCGAUUGAGCAAGAUGAGCGCGCAAUAAGAACAACGCGGUUCGAAUGAUUUGAUAUUAUACCUUCACCAUUUUCCGUAUUUUACUCUAUGAAAUCGUGCGGCGUUCGACGUGUUGAAGAUAACCGCCGACCGAUCCCACCAUAAAAUCUGUAAUACCGUAGAUCCCGUUCUACAAUGCUGGUAUUUAUCGCAACGGAGAAAUCACUUCGGAUCGUUCUUAUCAAUCCGGGCCUGUAUCCAUAUGGUUGAUCUUCCGCCGAAACAUCACCACCUGUUGUGACAGAUCGAAAUCUAUUCGUAAAGAGACCUUACUGCAGACGGUGUAUCAAUAGGAUUUUCUGAACGUCGACGUUUUAUUGAUCACCCGGCACGUGAACUUUGGAUCAAACUUUUAAACGAUCGAUCGAUCGAUUAGAAUGAAAUUUACGAACCGUUCCCGGUGACGUGCGUCGGCACAAUUCUACAGCUGUUCCAUUAUAAUUCCACUAGACGUCGUUUCAGAUAACACAUACGCGGCAGACAAUUCGAAAUGAUUAGUUUAAUGACUCUUGGCUUACCGACUUUUCGAAUUCAUUUCUGUGUCGGCGAUGAAAGCGCCUAGCAUUGUUUCGGUGCGUAUAAUCCGAGGCGGAGUAGUUAUAAAAACCGCUGAGUCAGGGAAGACGAGCAACGUUGGUUGCAUCUUUUUUUUUUAGUACAGUUUCCUCCAACACUAUCUCGAAAGGAAUCGAUGAAUCGUGAUUAAUGUGUUUCGAGGAAACUCGUAUCGAAGCUACGCCUAUAUGUAUAUAUAUGAAUUUUAUAUAUAUGUGUAUAUAUAUAUACAUAUAUACAUACAUACAUACAUACAUAUAUAUAUAUAUAUAUAUACAUGUGUGGAAACAAAAAUAACAGUUAGGCGUCGAUACGAAAUGACGCAACGACACGCAAAUUUGUUCGUCACGCUUCUCUCGAAAGGCGAACGUGCCACGAGUCGAGGUCGACUUGAGCCGAGCCUCCGCGUAGCCGGCUUUUCAUUGGCUCCACUAAUCGAAGAACCGAUGUAGAUACAUAUAUAUGUCCUGAAUUCAUUCCCCGUAAUCUAUGCUUUUUUUGUUCGACAAUUCACGUGUUGUUCGUCUUAUGCGAAUUACUAUGACCUUUGAAAUGUUAAUUACACGGCUAUUACGGAACCUAUCGGUCUAUAGAAUUGCUCUCCUUCAUACGUACCGUCUUCUGUUCAUUACCGCCACGCGAUUUCUCUUCGCGAUAUGACGCAGGAAUUCGUUACGUUACAGGGAGUAUAUAAGAAUUUAUGGUGUGUGAUGCGCUCACGCAUUUCGGAGCGUGUACGUGCAGACGAGCAGGAACGCGGAGCAAGAAGUCAGCGGCGUGCAGCUUCAACACGCGUCGUUGCGUGUGCGUGCGUGUCCGUCGUGUGUGUCUCUGUGUGUCUCUGUGUGUGCCUUUUAGUCACGAGUACCGCUCGGUUUUUUCCUAUCACCUUUGAAACCACAUAACCGGAAUGAUUGAGGCUCGAAGAAUGUACUUUCUUUAAUAUUCAAUUGAACGAUUGUACCUUGCGUAGCAUCGGGUUGGAGGUUCGAUGAAAAAUUCUUUUUCGAAUUUUAUACGUUAUACUUUCAUUCCGCGGCGGCGCGGGCUUUCGAGGUUAAUCGUGGAACGUUUUCUUUUCAUGCCGCAAUGCGAUUAAUGAGAAAACCCCUGUUAACCUGCUAAAUUGUCGAGAGACGUCAGUGGCGCCAAUGGUCGAGCACAAUGAGAAGGUCGCUUCGGUCAAACGGAGGCUCGUCGUAUUUUACCAAUCAGCUAAUGGUAUUGCAGUGUUUUUCGAUUCGAAUCGUUGACUGCGAACUCGUAUUGGUGUUAGCUCCAUUCAAACCCCACGGAUCGGGGCGGAGCGAGUUGGAUGAUUUUAUAUCUUUUUUCGAAUCGUUGGACGAUGAUCAGUUUGGAAGUUUCCUGCGUCAUCCUCGAGGAGAUACGAAUAUUUCGUAUGAUUUAUCGUGACGCGUUGUUUACGUUAAUUGCGUUAAAAUUAAUUGUAUACACCAUGCGUACGGUAAUGAAAGUAAGUAGUAUUGGUGUUAAUUGUUUUCAGUUGUUGAUGUUCUUUCGGUAUGACACUGAAUUAUUAUUUGUGUCGACUUACCUUGCUAUGAAAAUUUAUUCGGAUGGAAAUAAUUUAUGAUAUUGUUCCUAGCCUAAAAAGUGUAUCAUUUAGUAAAAUAAGAUAUAGUUGUGAAUAAAUAUUUCUUUCUCCCUU